AUGGUGCUGAACUCCACCAGCAGGUCGGCCUUCUUCGGCCAGCCACCAAAGACGGACCGAGACUUGAACAUCGUCCGCGGCAUAUAUCGCAUGGCUGGCGUGAACGAGACGCUCUACAGCCCCUCGAAGGGAGUCUUUUACGCCGCCCGCGAACCCGCCAACUAUGUCCGCGAGACCAAGCAGACCGAGAUCAUUGUCGGAAUGGUUGUCGUCAUAUUCGUCAUGCUCGCCACGACAGGCACGCGCCUUAUCUUCAAGUUGCAAGGGAACAGCACAAGAUUUGGCAUUGACGACUGGGUCAUAAUCCCUGCUGUGUGCCUCGCGGUAGCCUACCCCAUGUUACAGAUAUACAUGGUCGUCGACAUUGGAGCUGGGCGGCACACGUGGGAGAAUACCUAUGAGGAUUAUGCCCGUUUCGCAUGGAUGCUGGAAACAUGCACGGUUCUCUUCUUUGCGACGGUCGCCCUGAUCAAGAUCUCAAUCGCCCUUUUCGUACGACGACUUGCAGCUUGCGUCUCGAGGGGUUGGCGCAUCGCCGUCGACGUCUUUCUGGCCACGCUCAUCAUGUAUCUGGUGGCCGCCGUUCUAUGGAACGUCUUGGUCUGCAACCCGACCCGCGCCUUGUGGGAUGUGGAAUACGCAGGCGCUCUGCCCACCCCUGCCAAAUGUGGCAGCUUGGCGGUCAUGUCCAAGGCUUUGAGCUUCAUACACGUCUUUCAAGGCGUGACGCUGUUAAUUACACCAGUGGUAAUCCUAUGGAAGAUCCCGAUGGACGUGGCCAAGAAGCUGCGCCUGUUUAUCAUAUGGUGGUUCGGCGCCGUUACCGUCACGGGCGGCCUGUUGCAGCAGCUCGCCCCCUCCCGAUCAAACGGCGACGUGUUUUACGAGUACACGACGUCGCUGGCAUGGACGAGUCUUGAUCUCACGAUGGGCAUCAUCACGGCCUCGCUGCCGACCCUGGACACUGCCAUUUCCAGCGCAUGGAAGGCGGUCAGAUCGAGGAUGUCGAGGUCUUCUGAAGAGCCCAAGGUGAAGGCAAAGGAUAUCAGCUGGCCGAGGCCAAUCCCUUCUGAUUUGGAGAGGGACGCCGGAGCUCCGACGGGGCAGCCCGAGUCGACCGAGUUCAUCUUGGCCGACAGAGGGGACGUACUCGAGAUGCGCCUCGUCCGACCAGGCGAGGGCAAUACGACGUAUGAAUUUUUUGAGUUGUACCACGGGGACGAAAAGCCACAGCCGGCGGUACAUAGACCGUUUAGAUGA